GGCGUCCAACAGCUUGUCUAUAUGGUUGUCCAAAUAUACACAUCCUCUAAAUCGACCUCGACAAUGUCCACGCCUGGACAAUGUGAAGGCGUUGUCUAAACUCAGCUGUAGUUAUGAUUUCUUCCUCUCCCGAGCAACGGCCCACCUGUCAUGGUCCCUGUAUAUAGAUGUUCUGAUGCAAAACUGGAUGUGUAUAUGAGGGAAUCUUUUUAGACCAUUGUCUAUAUGAAUAUAUAGACAUCCAAAUAUACUCAUGCUACUGGAGAUGCUCUAAGGGAGUAAAAUCCAAUUUAUCUUUCACUAACGCCGGAUAGGGGAUCGGUUAGAAAUGCCCUUAGCAGUGAAACAUGCAAUGACUGAAGUUAUAUGAAAAGGAAAAGAUUAAGUUGUUUUAUCUGCGCUGUCUUGACCUGAAAUCAAAGUUUAGCAGUAACAUGCAAUUAUAGAGAGCAGGAGCUUUGUCUUGGUUAUACUGGCCGAAAUUGGUUAACACAUUAGUACUAGUGGUUUUGUUGGCAUGAUAGAUGUCCCAAACCUUGUUUUUGAUUGGGAAUAUAGUGGUACUGUUACGUUGUGUCGUUGAUUUUAACAGUCAAACCUAAAAUAUUACUACCUUUCUAACUGAAUAUAAGACGUUUUUGCAGUUCAAUUUGAAGUGACUGUUUCUCCUUUUCCAUUGCUAGCUGAUUGAUCUUCAGGUUCCACCUUUCGUGUUAUGCCAUGAUAAAUGUACAACUAACUAAUGAUUUGAGUUGGAUGAUUCAUGUUUGUAUGUUUUAUGUCAAAUUCAUGUUUGUAUGUUCCUAAUUCAAUUCAUGUGUGUAGUAUAUGUCAUGUGACAGCAGUGCAUAAAGUCAGAUUUCACCCAAGUGCUAGACCCUUUGCUAUGAUUCUCUCCAGGAACAGGAGGGAGGUGUCUUGUGGUGAUGGCCAAUAGCAAGUAUGAGUAUGUGAAGAGGGAGUUCGAGUUCCACCGCCACCUCCCGGCCUCCAACUGGAUCGUCGUCCGCAUCGAUGGCUGCCAUUUCCACCGAUUCUCGGAGUUGCAUGCCUUUGAGAAACCAAAUGAUGAGAGAGUCUUACGAUUGAUGAACGCAUGUGCCACUUCUAUGCUCGAGGAAUUCCCUGACAUAGUGUUUGCUUAUGGUGUUAGUGAUGAGUACAGUUUUGUUUUCAGAGAGAAAACUGAAUUCUAUAAAAGGCGGGAAAGCAAAAUUAUCUCUGUAUGUGUUUCUCACUUCACAUCUAUGUACGAUAUGAAGUGGAAAGAUUUCUUUCCUAAUAAUGAUUUGAAGGAGCCUCCAUAUUUUGAUGGGCGAGUUGUAUGCUAUCCAAAUAUAAAUACUAUUCGUGAUUAUUUGGCAUGGAGACAAGUGGACUGUCAUAUAAAUAAUCAGUACAAUACAUGCUUCUGGGCGUUGGUGAAGUCUGGAAAAACUGAAAAAGAGGCACAUCAAGCAUUGAAGGGAACAUUUUCUAAGGACAAGAACAAGUUGCUUUUGCAACAGUUUCAAGUCAACUAUAAUGAUGAACCGGCUAUGUUUCGGAAAGGAUCCAGUGUUUAUCGAGAUAAGGUCAAAACAGAUGACUGUGGGAAUCCCAUAAAAAGAACCCGUGAGGCAAUUACAGUGUCAAAUUUUGAUCUCAUAGGUCCUGAGUUUUGGGAAAACCAUCAAUACAUUCUUGGAGAAGCAUCAGACUACCUGUGUCUUGGGGGGAAAGAAAAAUAUGGAUAUGAGUAUGUGAAGAAGUUUGACAACAUCCAUAGGCUUCCAUAUUCUAAUUGGACCAUUGUUCGUAUUAGCGCCUGCCAAUUUGAUCAAUUCUCACUGGUCCAUUCAUUUGACAAGCCAAAUGAUGAGACUGCUUUAAGAUUGAUGAACGCCUGUGCUUCAUUGAUGAUGGAGCAAUUUCCUGAUAUUAUCUUUGGCUAUGGUUUUGACAAUGAGUACAGCUUUGUGUUCCAGGAGAAGACUGAAUUGUAUCAGAGAGAUGAGAGAUUAAUCAUUUCUUCAUGUUCAUCAUGUUUCACUUCCUUUUACAUGAUGAAGUGGAAAGAAUAUUUCCCCAGUAAAGAGCUAGUGCAGCCACCACACUUCCAAGUAGAAGUUUCCUGUUACCCAGAACCAAGGAUCGUUUGUGAUUAUUUGUCCCGGAGGCAAUCAGAAUGUCACAACAGAAAUCAAUACACUACAUGCUUUUGGAUGUUGGUGAAAUCUGGAGAAGGCGAAAACAAAGCUAAGGAGAUACUGAAGGACACAUUACCAAAGGACAAGAAUGAGUUACUUUUUCAGCGAUUUCAAAUGAACUACAACAAUGAACCGGCUAUGUUUCGAAAGGGUUCGUGUGCUUACCAUCAAAAGGUGGAAGCCAGUGAAGAUGAGCGGUGGGAUGUGGCGGUGGCCCACGUAGACACGGGGCCACACUUUUGGGCAAAGCAUUCUUAUGUUUUCGACAGAAGAUGAUCCUUAUGUAUUCUUAGUAGGUUGAUUUGCUUAGUGUGUGCCAGAUUAUCCUCCUCGUUUCUCUGAUGCGUAUAUGGUUGCAUUCUUUGCAAGGCCCCGCUUGGAAUGGGUGUACAUUUCUACACAAGUAUUUA